GUGUGCGCUUGCUUGCCGCCGCCGCCGGUGCUGCUGGGGAGCGUUUGAGCGAGAGCAGCUCUCGUUCGCUUUUCCUGUUCCUGCUCCGAUUUCAAGCCUCAGCAGCAAAGGCAGAGGAAAAUGGGGAUCCCGAACUUGAUUUGUUGCAAGGGCGUCUUUAAGAGAAAGUGCAGGAGUCCCUGCGCCGCCUUUUCCUCCUCUUCUUGCUUGUAGAAUCAGACAUCUUAGGAGAGAGGACAGAUUUCCGAGCUCCCGAAGCAAAAAAACCAUCCGGACUCUUUUUUGGAUUUACAAAACAGGCCAGGCGGAUGGAAAAGAAGGGCACUCCGAGGCCCCUUCUACAGCUUUUCUCUGGAUCGAUCUAAGGGAUAUAUGUAUACAUUAUCUGUCGAUCUGCGUCUGUUGGAUUAGCGUCCUCUCUUUGCUGACACACAUUUUGCAUCUCCGAAGACCCUUUUCCUCUGCACUUUGCUGAUCUUUCCGAAAUUAGAACGGGAGAGAAAUCUAAGCACACACACAAAGGGAUUAACAGUUAGAAAGAAGGCAGCAAACAGCAGCAGCGGUGGAGGGGAGAGGAGCUGGUUUUGCAAAAAGUCACAGCUUGAAACAGCCAGUAUGUGCAUAAUGAGGAGAAAUUCUAGGAUUCUCUAGUGCUCCGCGUCACAAGAUUCUGGGUAUUAACACGCACACGGCAAAACAAGACCCCUUCUGGCUUCUUCGGCAAUGUCUGGAUCUACUCAGCCUGUGGCACAGACCUGGAGAGGGACUGAACCCCGUUAUCCUCCCCAUGCCAUGUCGUAUCCCAUGGCAAUAAGUCAACCACAUGUGGAUGUGGGGCUCUUGGAAUAUCAGCAUCACCCCAGGGACUAUCCUUCCCAUCUGCCUCCCGGGUCUAUCUUGCAGCCGCAGCGAAGGAGGCCAUCGUUGUUAUCGGAAUUCCAGCCUGCAAAUGAAAGAUCGCAGGAGUUGCACACCCGAGGCGAGACACAUCCUUAUCUUCCUGACCUGAGCAAACCGUCGGAAAUGGAGUUCAUCGAGACGAAACGGCCCCGGUUGGAGCUGCUGCAGGAGCCGCUGCUGAGGCACUCGUCCUUGCUCAGCCAGGGUCCGCAGGGAGGGACAGAGGACCUGUCAAAGGAUCGAGGCAUAACUGGAAAGCUUGAGCCAGUUUCUCCGGUUAGCCCUGCCCAUCCUGACUCUGAACUGGAUCUGUUACCAUCCAGGCUGUCCAAAGAGGAGCUGAUCCAGAACAUGGACCGGGUUGAUCGUGAGAUCACCAUGGUGGAACAGCAGAUCGUCAAACUGAGAAAGAAACAGCAACAGCUGGAGGAGGAAGCAGCCAAACCGCUUGAACCCGAGAGGCCCAUCUCUCCUCCGCCGAUUGAGUCCAAGCACCGCAGCCUUGUCCAGAUCAUCUAUGAUGAGAAUCGGAAAAAGGCAGAAGCGGCCCACAGAAUACUAGAAGGACUGGGACCUCAGGUGGAGUUGCCGCUGUACAACCAGCCUUCAGACACGAGGCAGUACCAUGAGAACAUUAAAAUAAAUCAGGCGAUGCGAAAGAAGCUGAUCUUGUAUUUCAAGAGGAGAAAUCAUGCCCGUAAGCAGUGGGAACAGAAAUUCUGUCAGCGCUAUGACCAGCUGAUGGAAGCCUGGGAGAAGAAAGUGGAGCGCAUCGAAAACAACCCCCGACGCCGAGCCAAGGAGAGCAAAGUACGCGAAUAUUAUGAGAAGCAGUUCCCAGAGAUCCGGAAACACCGGGAGCUGCAGGAACGCAUGCAGAGGGUAGGACAGAGGGGCAGCGGCCUCUCCAUGUCUGCGGCACGCAGCGAACACGAGGUAUCAGAAAUUAUUGAUGGGCUCUCGGAACAAGAGAAUCUAGAAAAACAGAUGCGCCAACUCGCUGUCAUUCCACCCAUGCUCUAUGACGCCGAGCAGCAGCGCAUCAAGUUCAUCAACAUGAACGGACUCAUGGAUGACCCCAUGAAAAUCUACAAGGACCGACAGGUGAUGAACAUGUGGAGCGAGCAGGAGAAGGAGGCCUUCCGAGAAAAGUUCAUGCAGCAUCCCAAAAACUUCGGUCUCAUCGCUUCCUUCCUGGAGAGGAAAACGGUGGCAGACUGUGUCCUGUACUAUUACUUGACCAAGAAGAAUGAGAACUAUAAGAAUCUGGUGAGAAGGAAUUAUCGGAGGCGUGGAAAGAACCAGCAGCAGCAGCAGCAGCAGCAGCAGAUGCCCCGUAGCAGCCAAGACGAGAAAGAUGAAAAAGAAAAAGAGAAAGACAUGGAGAAAGAAGAAGAAAAGCCAGAAGCUGAAAACGAAAAAGACGAGCUGACAAAGGAGAAGAACGAAGACACAUCCGGCGAGGACAACGAUGAGAAGGAAGCCGUCACUUCCAAGGGGCGCAAGACGGCCAACAGCCAGGGCCGGCGCAAAGGCCGCAUCACCCGCUCCAUGGCCAGUGAAGCCAACAACGAGGAGGUGGCCGCGCCACAGCAGAACGCGGAGAUCGCUUCUUUAGAGAUGAAUGAAAGUUCUCGCUGGACAGAGGAGGAAAUGGAAACUGCUAAAAAAGGUCUUCUUGAACAUGGGCGCAACUGGUCAGCCAUUGCCAGGAUGGUGGGAUCCAAAAGCGUCUCACAGUGUAAAAAUUUCUACUUCAACUACAAGAAAAGACAGAACCUGGACGAGAUCCUGCAGCAGCACAAAUUGAAAAUGGAAAAAGAAAGGAACGCUAGGAGAAAGAAGAAAAAACCCCCCACCAUCCAAACCAAGGAAGCUGCCUUCCCCCCCGCAGCUGAAGACGAGGAGAUGGGGCCAGAUGGGUCAGGCACCAGUGGCAACGAGGAAGAGAUGGCCGAGGAGGCGGAAGUGGCCGUAAAUAACAGCUCUGACACAGAGAGUCUUCCUUCUCCCCGACCUGAAGCCAAAGAAAGCACGGAAAACGGGCACAAACCGAUUCCUGAAGUCAGGGAUGAUGCUGGGGAGGAACCAGUUGUCAAGAUGGAAGAAGCCACUGCUUCUCCGGAGGCGAAUCCCAUCGCCCCGACCACCGCGACUGCGGAGGAGGCAGCCGCUGACCUGGCUUGUGGCGAGGAGAAGCCAAAGGAAGAACAAGCAGAUGAUGCGGUGAAAACAGAGGAAGUGGGCGAAAAACUCCCAAGCCCUGACCCCACCGAGGGUGACAUCAAAAUGGAAGAAGGAGAGGACUGUGAGGGAAAGGACUCAGCCAGCGACAAGAAACCGGAGAAGAGCAGCAACAGUAGCACAGAGACUGAGGCUGAGGGUGCACCCAAGGAAGAGAAGAAGGAGACCCACAAAACUGGGAAAACUGGAAGCACUAAUACCGACAGCGACUCCAGUGCCACUUGUAGUGCCGACGAGAUGGACGAACAGGAUGCUGGGGACAAAAAUAAGCUGCUCUCUCCCCGGCCGAGCCUGCUCAACGCAGCCAGCGACGCCCGGCUCAGCUCGUCGCCUCAGAAGCCGAUGGACCUGAAGCAGCUGAAGCAGCGAGCGGCCGCCAUCCCACCCAUUAUUUCGGAAGGCUUGCUCGAGGGAGCGUUGCAGAGCGGAAGUGUGAAGCCUUCGGUGCCUUAUCAUGCGCUGGCCCUGUACCAGCAGCAGAUCACCAUGGCACACGAGUCUGCCCGGGAAGACGCGGCCCAGAGCAAGGCGCUGCAGCCGCAGGCCGAGAAGGAGCCGCCCGCGAGCAACAGUCCCCGGGCUCAGAGCAGGAGCCCGGCUGCUGGGGACAAAGAAGCCGCCGGGGACAAAGAUUGGAGACAGAGUAAAAUCUCGGAAGAGGGAAGAAGCUGCCUUUUGUCCCCCCCGCCCCCAUUCUCCUGCUGGUCUUCUCAGGUGCAUGGUCUGCCCAGACGCUCCAUCGUGCCAGACAAGCUGGUGCAUUUCACCUCCCUCCCAGAGGCGCAGAAGCUGGGAGAGCCUGGCAUCACCCCCUGCUGGCCCCCCGUGCUCCCCUACCAAGGAUCCGCAAGGGACGUGAUCAGAACCACUCCGCAUGCGGAACCCCACGUGUUUCAGUACAACCCCGCAGGUCAUCCGGUCUCCUUAAAUGUGCAUGAAAGUUCUCGACCCAGCCUCCAGCGGCUGACAGCCAUCUCCAACCCUCCCCCUCUCAUCUCCACCAAGCAUCCCUCCGUUCUUGAAAGGCCGCUCAGCUCCAUUUCACAGGGGGUGCCGCUGCAGCUCCACACUCCGUUCAGCUCCGAGCAUGCAAAAGUCCCCAUCGCCAUGGGCCUGCCUUUGACCAUGGACCCCAAGAAGUUGGUGCCUUUCCCGGGAGUGAAGCAAGAGCAGCUCUCUCCGCGGAGCCAGGCUGGUCAGCCUGAAAGCUUGGCUGUGCAGACGUCCCAGGAGAGCUCCGUCCUCAGGGGUGCAUCCUUGGGUUCGUUAUCGGGAGGAAGCAUCACCAAAGGCAUCCCCAGCACGAGGCCAGCAUCGGACUCCCCCAUCACCUACCGUGGAUCCAUCACACACGGCACCCCAGCCGAAGUGCUCUACAAAGGAACCAUUACCAGGAUAAUGGGAGAAGACAGCCCCAGCCGAGCGGAGAAAGUGCGGGAAGACGCCUUGCCCAAGGGACAUGUCAUUUACGAGGGCAAGAAAGGACACGUCCUGACCUACGAUGGCGGUGCCGCUGCCGCGCAGUGCCCCAAGGAAAACAGCAGAGGCGCCGGGGGCCAGCACGAGACCCUCAGCUCCAAGCGGACGUAUGACAUGAUGGAGGGGAGGGUCCCGCGGAGCCUGUCCGGGCGUGAGCUCUCCUCCGCUGGCAUAGAAGGUCUGAUGGGCCGGGCCAUCCCGCCGGAGAGACACAGUCCCCUCGGCCUGAAAGAGUCACAUAUCCGGGGCUCCAUCACACAAGGAAUCCCCCGAUCCUAUGUGGAGGCCCCCGAGGACUACCUCAGAAGAGAAGCCAAGCAGCUCAAAAGGGAAAGCCCACCACCGAGGGACUUACCGGAGGCCUACAAGGUCAGGCCUCAUGACAGCCUCACUCCGUUGAAACUGAAAACGGUCCAUGACGGCCUGGUUGCCACCGUGAAGGAAGCGGGAAGAUCAGUCCACGAGAUCCCCAGGGAGGAGCUGAGGCAUACACCCGACGUGUCCCUGAUGAGCAGGACUGUGAAAGAGGGCUCCAUUACCCAGGGUACCCCGCUGAAAUACGACAGCAGCGCUUCAGCAAGUGCCAAAAAGCAUGAUGUCCGAUCCAUCAUCGGAAGCCCGGGCAGGACUUUCCAUCCCAUGCAUCCUCUGGAGGUCAUGCAGGACCCAAGGAAUCUGGACCGAGCUUACGAGGAAAGCAUGAAAAGCAGGCCCAGCCCGGUGGCCAGUGCUGGCGGCUCGAUCACCAGGGGAGCCCCCGUGAUCGUGCCUGAGCCAGGGAAGCCCCGCCACAGCCCGCUCGCCUACGAGGAGCACCAGAGCACCCACCAGAGUGCUUUUGGUGGCCACCUGCACCGGGGGUCCCCAGUGUCCACAAGGGAGCCCACCCCCAGGCAGCACGAAGGAAGCAUCACUGCCGGAAAGCCAGUCUCUCAGGACAGGAAGAUCACCCCAACGCCAAGAGAAACGGCCAGCGCCAAGUCGCCUCACGCGACCCUUGCAGACCAUCACCAUCCCAUCUCCCCCUACGAGCACCUGCUCCGCGGAGUGAGCGGGGUGGACCUGUACAGGGGACACAUCCCGCUGGCCUUCGAUCCCGCCGCCAUCCCCAGGGGAAUCCCCCUGGAAGCAGCAGCUGCGUAUUACCUGCCGAGGCACCUCGCGCCGAGCCCGACGUACCCCCACCUCUACCCGCCAUACCUCAUCCGUGGCUACCCGGACACCGCCGCCAUGGAGAACCGGCAGACCAUCAUCAACGACUACAUCACUUCCCAGCAGAUGCACCACAACGCCGCGACCGCCUCCGCGAUGGCCCAGAGGGCAGACCUGCUCCACGGCCUGUCUCCCCGAGAGCCCUCUCUGGCCCUCAACUACGCCGCAGCAGGAAUCAUUGACCUGUCCCAAGUGCCACACUUGCCCGUGCUGGUGCCCCCCGCCCCCGGCAGCUCCACCGCCUCCAUGGACCGCAUCACGUACAUCCACAGUGCCCCCCAGCCCUUCAGCAGCCGGCACAGCAGCUCUCCUCUCUCCCCAGGGGCCCCCACACACUUGACCAAGCAGAGCGGACCUUCCGUUUCGGAACGGGAACAAGAGCGAGACCGCGAGAAAGACCGCAAGAAGUCAGUCUUAGCAUCCACGACCACUGUGGAACACGCCCCUAUCUGGAGACCAGGCACGGAGCAGAGCAGCAGCCGUUCGUCAGCACACAACCACAAGCACUCGCCCGUCUCACCCCGCACCCAGGAGAAUGUCCAGCAGCGCCCGAGUGUGCUGCACAACACAAACAUGAAGAUGAUCUCCGCCGAGUGCCUUGCCCCCGCUGUUUUGCGAUCGUCGUCCUCAAGCACCGCCACAUCCCCCGUCCGCUCCUCAGGCUUCCCACUAACAUCGGCGUUGCGCAACUCUGUAAGUGGCAUGGACAGCUACGCAUCCGCGGUGGAAGCGGCCCACAUACAGAAGGAGACGUCCAGGGUCCAAGAUGCCCGAGCAGAACGGCCUCCGAGCGACGCCCACAUGUUCGCCUCAAAGCUGUCCUCUGGGGCAGGCCUAGAACAGUCACCUUCGCCCAUUAAAAGCACCGAGCCCAGGACUUUGCCCCCCUCCGGGCCAGGUCCGGCCCACCCGUUUAGCAGAGGACAGGGGAAAAGCCAGCCUCAGCAUCACGCCCCCCUGGACCAGUCGCUGCACCCCGCUUCGGCCAGCGAGCAGCAGCCCAGUAGAGAAAAGAGUAAAACCUGUUCAGUUCAGGAACAGGAGCUCCGAGCACUCGGUAAGACCACCAUGACAGCGGCCAGCUUCAUAGAUGUGAUUAUCAUGCGUCAAAUUUCUUGCGAUAAGGGGAAGCGAGAGAGAAGCUCGCUAAAUACCGACACCAAUAGCGAUGCUUUCCAUGGAAGCUACAGCCCCAGUGAUAUUGAAGCGUUAAGCCCCGUGAGCUCGCCCCGCGUGCACCAUGAGAAAGGGACGAAGCUGUCUCAGGAUAUUGACAAAGGCCGCGGAGGAGAGAAUGACCUGAGGGCAAAGCAGCCAGGUUCCCUCAAGCCUUCUGGGACGGAAGUUUCACACAUGCAGCCGCUUCAUCAGCUCCCUGAAGGUCGACAGUCGCCAAUCCAGCCUUUUCAGGGAUCUCAGAAUGCCAAAGGCCAUCAGCGAGUUGUCACCCUAGCUCAGCAUAUCAACGAGGUCAUCACACAAGACUACACACGCCACCAUCCCCAGCAGCUCAACUCCCAUAUCCAGCACCCCGUGUACUCCUAUCCAGGGACUCCGUGUCCGGUGCUGGACCUCCGGCGGACUCCCAGUGACACUUACAUGCAGCAGCAGCAGCAAAUGGAACACUUCCCCGCUUCCCGGAUCUCCCCAGAAAGUGAAGGAAGCAAAAGGUCUCCGGAGCAGAUCAAAGCACCUGCUUCAGACAACUGCAUUGAGCCCAUUUCCCCGCCAGAGGGGAUUGGCGAAGCCGACCCCGUGCGGAACACCACCUAUCCCAUCCUCUAUCGGGAAGGAGACCAGGUGGAUCAGAGGAUGGGUUCCAAAUCUCCAGGAAACAAUGUCCAGCCACCGGCCUUCUUCAGCAAGCUGACAGAAAGCAAUUCGGCCAUGGUGAAAUCUAAGAAGCAAGAGAUCAUCAAGAAACUCGGCACAAACAACCGGAAUGAGGCAGAAUACAAUGUUGGACAACCUGGAACAGAGAUUUUCAACAUGCCGGCCAUUACUGGAACAGGGUUAAUCAGUUGUAGGAGCCAGUCGGUCCAAGAAAAUUCCAGUACCAACAUGGGGCUGGAGGCAAUUAUUAGGAAGGCCCUAAUGGGUAAAUAUGACGAGCAGUGGGACGAGCGCUCUCCUCUCAGUGCCAAUGCUUUUAACCCUCUGAAUGCCAGUGCAAGCUUGCCCACUGCUAUGCCUGUAACCGCUGCUGACGGACGGAUUGACGAGAUGCGCUCCUCCUUGCCAGGAGGAGGGAAGCCAAAGAUUGCUGCCAGAGCAAACAGUCGCAAGGCCAAGUCUCCGGGACCAGGCCUGUCCUCCACAGACAGGCCGCCGUCGGUUUCGUCUGUGCACUCGGAGGGAGACUGUAACAGGAGGACGCCGCUCACCAGCCGGGUGUGGGAGGACAGGCCGUCCUCUGCAGGUUCGACGCCGUUCCCGUACAACCCGCUAACGAUGCGGCUGCCAAGUGGCAUUGUGACUGCUGCAGCGCCUGCCACCGCCCUCCCACAGGGCAACCCCAACAGCCAGCACCACGGGUGGGAGGAAGAGCCCAAGCCGCUGCUGGUCUCGCAGUACGAGACCCUCUCGGACAGCGAGUGAAAGGAGAGGAGGCAAGGCAACGGGGAAGAACCAGUCGCAACGAACCGAUGGCUCCGGUGGCUGUUGCGCUAGCCAGGGCUGGGAGACUGGCCGUCUGUGGCAGGCCGUGGCUGGCCUUGAGCAGGCUCGGGAGCAGCGCUGCUUCGGUCCGCCGAUCCUUUCUGUCACAUCUGGAGGGGGUAAUUGCAAGUCUGCUCAGUUUUAAAGCCUUAAAAACAACAAGCCAAUGGAACCCACCCCGACCGUCUCUCCCAUUUUGGUGCUGAAACCUUGUGGCAAGCUGUUGUGGCGAGACAUGUUGCCCGUUCCGUGCGGAGGGGCAGGGAUGGAGGGCUCCCUGAGGGACUCCAGCCAGUCACCAAAUCUCAGUUACUAAUACUCAGGGGAUUCCCAUCUGCUGCACCAACUCUGUCCUUCAGUCCAGAUGAGAGAGAGGAAGCCCCCUAGGAGAGGACGGUGUGUGUGGGUUGCGAAGCCAUGGUGUGUGCUUGUGUGUGUGUUCCCACCUCUGUAGCACAUCCUUCUUGUGCAUGCUGUCGUGGCCGGUUAAUCCAGUACUUGAAAUAGGAUUCAUUAAAUCACCUCUCCCUUACCUCCUGUUUCGUCGUCACGAGGGGCCGCACCUGUGGGUUGCAGGCUGUAGGGAAAUGGGGAAGAGUGCCCCUCUGCAGGAAGGAUCCGGUCUCUUCUGUUUCUCAUCAAUCAGGUGGUUCUCUUCUUUACAUGCACCAAUAAAAAUUUAAAGAGUUGCUUGCCCAGCUGAGCUUAAAGAGGAAAAAAAAGCAUCAAGCAGGAAUGCUUGAGGCGCAGGCUGUGGGGUCAGGGGACUCCCCUCUUCUCAGAAGAGACGUCCUUUCGAGAAAGGAAUGCUGGGUUUGAUUCAUAUUUGAAGCGAGUUCCUUGAUCUCUAGUCUGUUGGCUACAGAUUGGAGGGCAGGCGGGUAAGGGAGGCGGUUGUUUUGAGUACGUUGUUUCUUGAAACACUGCUAAGUAUAUGGUCUACAGGGUAUAUUUUUGAUACCUUUGGCAAAUUACGCCAGAUGUUUUUGCGCAAAGAAGGACUUUAAACCAGUAUUAUAUGCUGCUUUUCGGUCUCUGCUCCUGUACAAAGAGGAUUUCUGUGUUGCGUGCAAGCUUUUGAUGGAUUUGUCCAUUGUAUGGAAAUGUCAAGAGGUUAACUAUUCCAACAAAAUGGUUCUGUAAUUCAGUAGAAUGUAUUAACUUAGAGGUUUUUUAAAAAGUAUAUAUAAUAUAUAUAUAUAUAUAUAUAUAUAUAUAAGUAUAUAGUCAGAACUGCAGGGCCAAUAUUGCAACACUCCGGCAUGGAGGGGACAAUAGUUUCCAAGUGAAUUUGUCUCUUUUGGGAGGAGUGAGAGAAGCUGAAACGCUCAUAGGAAAUUUUAAACAUGUAUUUUUCUGACUGACCCACAAUGCUUUCUUUUCUAUAUUCAUAAGUGACUGUGGGUUUUUUUCCCUAAAUCAUUCUGUGAUACUGUCAGAUUUCAAAUGACAGGAGCAUGGACACAAUUCAGAGUGGGAGUGUUUUUGUGCUCCUUCCGCCCCUCCCCCCCCAUGUUUGUUUUCCCUUCUCUUCCUUUUUUGCACACCAGAAAAUUGAAGGGCGGCUAUAAAAUAGUGUUAAAUGUUUUUUGUUCUAUGCACUAGAAGGAAAAGAUCAGGGCAACAAUUCCUUUGCUAGAACAGACAACAGAUGUGUUUUCAUUGCUGAGUAGAGGCAGCGUUCAGGAAGGGGAAAUAUAGCAGUGUUGCUGAACUGUAGAACAUUAAAAUGAAUUUUAAAAUGAGUUUAAAAUAACUAAAAAACAUACAGCAAAAUUACCUUGCAGAGGAAACCAAUCACCUGAUAAUCCCUUCAGGCCCCUAAAUAAGGUGCCAGCAUAAAGAGCUGUCUUAACCUGGCACUGAAAUGAUAGCAAGCUUGGCGCCAAGUUAGACCUCAGCAGGGAGGUUGUUCCGAAGAUGGCGGCCACCGCAGAGAAAGCUCUUCCUUCGCCCUUUUGCUGCCCGCUGAGCCUUCACUGGGAGUGUCACUUGGAGAAUGGUCUCAGUGCUUGAGAUUUGUGUCCCAUUUGGGCACUCCAGCAGAUACUGUGAUCCCAAGCCAUACAAGGCUUUAUAGGUUAAAACCAGCACCUUGCAUUGGGCCCGGAAGCAUACAGGUAGUCAAUGCAGGCAGGUGAGAACCUCUGUCCUGUGUUUGGACUUUUGAGUCCCAGUUCUGCACAAGCUGCAGCUUCUGAACUAUCUUCAAGGGCAGCCCCACACAGGGUACAUUGUAGUAACCUGAAGUAGAUUGCCAGAGAUUGCUGAAACGAGGCUAUCUUUGUCCAGGUAGGGGCGAAGCUGGGCCACCAGCCAAAAUGGUGGAAGACGCUCCAAGGCUCCCCUGAGCCACAAGUGACAGAGAUGGGCUAAGCUGUGACCCUGCUCCUUCAGGCGGGAGUGCAGCCCCACCCUGGACAGGUUGAACACCCUCCACUGAAUCAAGGGAACCGCUCACCAGCAGCAUCUCGGUCUUGACUGGAUUGAGCUCCUGUCUGUCGGCCCUCUUCUAGCCUGUCACUGCAGCCAGGCGCCAGUUCAGCACUUCCACAGCCUCACCUGCUGGAAAUGAGGAGGAGAAUUAGAGCCGCGUGUCAUCGGCAUACAUCAGAACCUCAGACCCCCAAGGAACCCCACGCUGGAGAAUUCACAGGGCUGAGCAGUAGCCCCCAAGCACCACCUUCUGGAGGCAGCCCUCCAGAGUAGAAGCAGAGCCCUUACAAGGCCUACCCUCACCCCCUGGGGUCAGAGAGUCACCCCAGGGGAAUACAAUGAUAGCUAAAGCCUCCAAGAGUUCAGGAGUAGCAGCCUUACACCUCCCCUCUCUCUCUCCAAGCAUAGGUCAUCACAAAGGGCAACCAAAGCUGUUUCCACACCAAAAUCAGUCCUGAACUCUGAGUGAAAUGGAGCCACAUAAUCCGUCUCAUCCAAGAGUGCCUGGAGCUGACUGAUAACCCCACCCCCAAGAUCCUGCCUACCUGGCUAUGGUUACUAAGCUCUUCUGGGUGAAGUGAGGAUCUUUUCAGAUGCGGACUCUGAAACAGCAGUGGGACUGCUCCCUCUUGCAUUCAUCCCUCCCUGGUCCAACCAGUUGCUCCUUUCUUACUGGCUUUUGCAGGCCAGAAGGAACAAAGGUCCAGUGAGAGACGUGGUUGCACAAACCUGACCAAGCACCACGUCAGCCGUCUUGAGCUGCUGCAACAAAAAUUCACCCAAUAAAGGUGGGCCAGACGGCACUCUCCUCCACGGAUUCCAGUCCAUUAUUUCUGCAGUCUCGAGUCCCGGUGGAUGCGGAUUUUUUUUCCUGGAAGUGUGCAGCAAAUGCACUUGGUCCUAGGAUGUCCUUGGGACUGAGACACGGUAAGCCCUGGACAGCCCUGAAACGCUCAGCUGGGCAGAAAAAGGCAGGUGGAAUAAAAGAAGUGAGAGAGUGUUUUCUUUGCCUCCCUCCCUACCUCCAAACACAACUGGUUAUACCCGCAUACCAGGUUUUUCUCCAUGUGCAUUCAAGCCAUCGCCUACGUUUCACUGCUCUCUGCUCCUGGGUAUGCCAGGAAUGAUGAAUCCACCAGUCCGGGACACUUCUGUGUUCCACAGCACGACCAGGGCUUUGACCAGAGUGCCAGCUGUAUCAGCCAAAAACAGCUCCCACCGUUACUUUCGCAUGCACAAAGUUCUUGGCCACCACGUCUUAAACAUGGUUUUAUUCAUAGUGCUUCGGGGUGUUUUUAGCAGAAAAGUGCUUCAUUCAUUUUACACUAAAAUACAAUGGCUGCAUGUACCUAGAACAUUCUCGUGAGAAACGGCAGCAAUGUCUCUUUCUCACCUGUUCAACAAGAAAUGAGAUCUGACAUAUUGCCACCUUGAUUAGUUAAUGCUUCUAAUCAUUAAUGCCUCUAAUCAUGUGUCCCAAGCGCUGCAGUUUGUAGUUUUGCCACUCUUCCAGUGACAAAAGGCCUACCAACUACAGUGAGAGCAGCAAAAGUUUUUCCUAAUCCUUCACAGCCCAAUAUGCGGCCAAACCAACCUGACGAAGGCGAGGAUUCUAGCCAGUGUCAGCAAUACUAACACAGAUUCUACCAGAGAUUGUCUGCAAUAAUUGGCCAUCAGCGUUAAUUCCAGAAAAACAUCUCUUCUGCCUUCAGUUCGUUUAGGAUAAAUGUUUAGGUCACUCUUGCACAAUCAGCUUCAUUUGCAGACAAGUAAUAGUGGAAAAAUAGAACAUGUUCUCCUUGAAAACAAUCGCUAACAGUAUCUUUGGAAGUUAUUUGUUUUGUUACGUUACCAUUUGAAAUGGAUACUGACAAUAUCUAGGUCACCUGAAUAGGUUAUCUUUGCAAUUUCCUUCCUUGGAUGCUGCCAGUGCUUUUCAGAUCUAUUCAGACUGCUGAAUUGAUAGAGGUGGCCUCCUACACAGUGUUUCCACUUACGUUAAGGUAAUCUCCGUGGCGUAUGGCAUGCAAGGAAUGUGUUUAUUUUGCACCAGUUAUACUGGUCAGGGAGUCAAGGUGUGUGAUGACUUCCUGGUUUGUAUCCUCAAGGCAAAACAAAUACUGUUGUUGCAUUUCGUACUCCUGUCACUACGCCCUCUCCUUGUAAGAAAAAUACUAUGUAGGGCAGGACAAACUUCCUUUAUACUCUAAUCAACAGUGCCUGAUUUUCAGAACCAUGCGGAGCCCAUUUUAGGCCACUUCCUAUCCGUCAAAACUCUAACUGCCCACAGCAAAACCUUUUGACAGAUCAGCUGGGAUGUGCUUGCAGCCAACAAGGAUUGCCCCCACCCCCUUUCUUAUACCAUGGUCCAUUUGCAUCGCUUCUUUCCUUGACUGAAGAUGCUCACAGUUCUGGAACACAAAGCCACAGCAUCUCUUGCCUCUUUUCUUGUUCGUUCAAGUCAUAUGUACAUUCCACAAAGGAGUUCUAGGAAUAGCCCCUUCCUCCCUUCCAAAAGGUUAUUCUCACAUUACCAGUCGCUGUACUUUCUCUCUCUCUCUCUCUCUCCAUCUGUGUGUGUGUUUAUAUAUACUCUUGAAUUCUGUGUAUGCAUAAAAUUCCAUUUGUGUGUGCAUGUCUUAACACGUACACACACACACACACAUUUUUCCUGCCCCCGAAUCAAGGGCCUGGGCUAGAGCCAAGUGCAGACCUGCAUGCGCAAGCCAGAUUUCAACCAACCCAGACUCACUUCGGUUCUACCAAAUGCAGACGAGUGCCGUCCCCACUGACUGUUAGCUCCACGUAAGGCGAGCUCCGACCACUGUGCGUUAGCUUCAGAGGAAAGCCAUCCUUCAUACACAACUGUCCGCUGAUUUUGUGUUGGUUAUAGUGACAUAUAGAUCUCUAUUGUGCUACCUGCUAUGGAUUUUUUUAAUUGUGCAAUCAAGAAAAAAGGAAGUUAUGUUAAACUAUUAAAGUUUGAAGUGUUACCAACUUUGUAAUUUGUACAAACACACACACACACACAAAUUAAAGGACAAUUUUAUUGUUUGAACUGUACAAGGGGGUGGGCAGGGGAAGAAAUCUCUAUCUUUUGUACAACCAAAUUGUGCAUAGCUGUUUCAAAGCAAGUUGUAUGAUAGAAUGGCCUGUAUAUAGAAAAUACUGAGUUGUAAAUAUUUAUGCAGCUUGCUCUAAAGGGUUGGGCGUUUUUUCUUCUAUUGAAAACAAAGUUUUGUUCACUGUUGUUGUUUUUGUUUUGUUUUGUUUUGCUCUACAUGCCCACUACGCAAGCAUUGUGGGUUUGCAGUGUCAGAGCACUGCCUUACUGUUUAAAUAAUAAAAAAAGAGGGGGAAAGCUUAUUGCCAGCAAAA